AUGAAAAAAGUGAAUCUGAGUGAGAGCUUUGGGAAAUUUGAUGACUAUUGGAGCCCCAAGAUUGUCGGAUCUCUUAAUGAUUCUUAUGUGAAAUUAGCGAAACUCUCCGGCAAGUUCGAUUGGCACCACCACGAGCACGAAGACGAGCUUUUUCUCGUAGUAAGCGGUCGUCUACGCAUGUGUUUAAGAACUGGUGAUAUUGACCUUGAGCCUGGCGAAUUCAUUAUUGUUCCUAAAGGAGUAGAACAUUGUCCCGAGACACUUACAGAUGAAUGUAAUGUCAUGCUGUUGGAGCCCAAGUCAACCCUCAACACAGGGAAUAUUGUCAAUGAGCGUACAGUCUCUGACUUGCAAACCCUAUAA